AUGUCCCAGCGUCCGUCACAGCCGACAAGUCAGCCGGCGGGUUACUUGCCAUAUGGAAGACAACGACUACGGGACCAGCAGUCCACAGUAGGUCACCUUGGACAGGCCGAAAACUCGCCGGACGCCCGAAAACACGGCAGUCAAUAUUUCGCCAGUAGCUUGCCGGCUGAGAAUACUCAGUUCAUUGAUUCGGACAUGCAAGGGCUCACCCUGCCGUCUGAAACGUUGGAGAAUGCUGGCCUAUCGGCACAAUACGUCGGCAACUCAACAGAAGUGCAACCGAGGCAAUUCACGAACGAUAUUACAGACCGAUUAUUGGCAGUCAGAGGCCGAUUAGAUCGAGUCAUCAAAACAUCAAAACAAGUGAGACUCUAUAUAGAGCAAAUUCAACAUCUCGAUGCGACGGUGACAAAGAUCACAAACUGUCUGAAUGGCUUGUCAUGGGGACCCCUGCCGGACGGAGGGAAUAUUGAGAAUGAAAACAGAUGGUUAAGGGAGCACUCGGAAGGGUGGAACAGUAGUCGUCUUCUGUCCAGCACCUGCUGUGUAUGA